AUGCACAUAAACUCAGGCGUAGUGAUAGAUGUUGAAUUUGGCCAAGACGUGCCUACAGACAUCAAGACUCCACUUGAAUCUGGUCAUGGUUACUUUCAUGUUCAUAACACUGUAAAUCAUGUGGAUUUCCCAAGCCAGUAUGAAAGCGAUGAAAGUGAUGAAAGCAAACUGGAUGAGGCUCCUAGAGUUUCUCAUUACGAGCUCAUGAAUGGGGCAGAGGCAGCUAGCCUGGAGUUGUUCUUCAUGUUUGUUGAGAACAAUGUGUCUCAUAAUGUUUUUGACAAGUGUGUGAAAAUGAUGAAUAAGUAUAUGGCAGAAUGUGAAUUGUCUGCUGCCAAUUCACUGAUGUCUUACUACAAGAUGGACAUACUUCUAAGACAAGAAUAUACUGUCCGUCCUGUCACACAUGACAUAUAUGAGAGAGACAACAUGAUGCAGCUGGCGAUAAUUCUUGGACCUGAACACCCAAAGAAUAUUGCAUCCUUUUUGGAACCAAUAGUAGAAGAUUUGCAUAUGUUGCAAACUUCUGGUCUGAGAGUUCAGACAAAUUCUGGGCAAGUGAGUGUCAAAGUUCAUUUUGUCAUGGCAACUGGCAAUAAUCCAGCUGUGUCAGACUUGAUGAAACUGGCCCAUCAUAACUCCUUCUUUGGGUGCUGA